ACCUUUACGCUGUCAAAGUGUCAAAAAGGGGAGAAUACUUUCCAUUCAAUACAGAAAAGUUAACCUUGAAUCGCCCCUACAGGCACUUACAGGUUACAGGUGAUGCUCAAGGUCACGGUCUCCAUUGAAGUAUGCUGUGCCCGUGUAUCACAAAAUCGCCGCGUCUGUAACACCGUUAUCGCCGUCACAAGACCUGACGUCAAAAGUGGCAAUUUUGAGUUUAAUCCGGAAUUCAAACUUACGACCCUCCGCUCUCAAAGGGAUUUGGAUUGCAUUCUUGAUCAUUCAAACAAUAUGAAGAAUAUUUAUACUAACAAAAUUUAGUGUGUUUAUGGCUGAAAUUAAAUUUAGAAAAUAUGAUUUAAAAUAACAGGUUUGCCCGCGCAUAGUAGAGGAAAUCUCAUUGGCAGACGCCAAGUUGCUGGGCCAUCAUUUGUCGAUUGUCGAUUCCCUCUCCAUUCCCAUUUGUGAGUUGUGCCUGGAGGGGAAUCAUCAGUUCUGUAGCUGACAAAAUCGGACUAAUUAUUUUAUAAACAACCUUAUCGGUAAGCAAUUAUUUUAUUUACAAAUAGAAUUUAUCAAUUGAAAAAUGUCGAAAAAUCUACAGCACUUUGCACUUUGAUUUUCGGAGUUUUCCUGUUCCACUCCAUUCACAACCUACUAGAUUUUACAUAAUAUUCUAAAGUCUCAUCCAUUUGUUUUAAAGGAAGAAUGUCUGCCUUUAACGAAAGAAUUAACAUAGACGGCCCACUGUGGGAUCAAACCACCUUUGUGGGCAGAUUCAAGCACUUCCUGUGGGUCACAGAUCCCAGAACAUGUUUGGUGAGUGAGGACCAGCUGGAUAACGCUAAGAUCUUGGUAGAGCAGUACAGAAAAGGACAAGAACCUCCAGGCACAACUAAGGAGCAAAUCAUCUAUGCUAAGAAGUUGUAUGAAAGUGCUUUCCAUCCUGAUAGUGGUGAGAAGCAGAAUGUCUUUGGGAGAAUGUCGUUCCAGGUCCCUGGUGGUAUGGCUAUUACUGGAGCCAUGUUGCAGUGGUACAGAACACCUUUUGCAGUGGUGUUUUGGCAGUGGGUGAACCAGUCUUUUAAUGCUCUAGUCAAUUACACAAAUCGCAAUGCAAAAUCUCCCACUACAACUAAACAGUUGGCUGUGGCUUAUGUGUCAGCUACAUCAUCAGCUAUGAUCACAGCUUUGGGAUGCAAGUACUACUGGUCUAAGAGAGCUAGCCCUUUUGUUCAGAGAUAUGUGCCGUUUGCUGCUGUAGCUGCAGCUAACUGUGUGAAUAUUCCUCUCAUGAGGCAGAAUGAAAUUCUUUAUGGAAUUGAUUGUACUGACGAGUCAGGAAAGAUUGUAGGUCAAUCAAAACUGGCAGCAUGCAAGGGCAUAAGCCAAGUGAUCAUAUCAAGAAUUACAAUGUGCGCACCCGGUAUGUUGAUACUGCCUGUGAUCAUGGAAAGAGCUGAAAAGUACAAGUUCAUGCAAAGAAUCACGUUUUUGCAUGGGCCAAUUCAAGUCAUGGCCGUGGGUUGUUUCCUCAGUUUCAUGGUUCCCACUGCGUGUGCGUUGUUCCCACAAAGAUGUUCUCUGAAAACAACAACUUUGGCAUGGUUGGAACCAGCCACCUACGAAAAAAUGAAAGAAAAUUGUGGAGGAAAGCUACCAGAAAGGGUAUAUUUCAACAAAGGCCUGUAAGCACGAAUUAAGAAUUUCACUGGACAAUAAUAGUUUAAUGGUAAAGGAGGAAUAAAGUCAAGGUAUCACUUUCGUAAGAAGUAUACGUAACUCAUGAAUUAGAGCUAAGGAACAAAUUACUUAAAAUUUUUGUUGCCAUUUUUGUUAUAUAUUUAGCAAUAUUAUUUAUUGAGUAAUAGUAAGGCAAUAAUUUAAAAUCGUUUAUUGUUGACUUAUGAAUAUUUUGUAAAAAUAUUAAACAAUUUCAUUGUGAUCUUUAUUUAUUUACAAAAUAUAUUAACGCUUUCAGUAAA